AGUGUUGCCAACUUUAUUUUUACCAGCCCACCAAAUGCGGCCGUGCCAAAGACCUUGUGGCCGUGCAAACCACCAGAAACCACUAAAACUGAGCGGUCUCUCAAACCACCAGAUUUUCACUAGAUAACCCAAAGCCGAAUCAGUGCAGUCAGAUCGUGGGAUGUUUUUUCCCCCUCUUUAGCACCGCGUCGUAGGUAAAGACGUGCUAGAGACAGGGUGACUGUAUUGAAUCCGAUCUCGUUUUUGGGUGCCAAACUAAACCAGACCUGGAUACUAUUGCUGCGCAAACUGGUAACGCAGUCAAAGCUAUAAAAGAAACAAACACUACUAAAAUGGCCGGGGAGAAAAAGGAUAUGCAGAAAGAAGAUAGUGAGUACUGCCGAGUUAAACUGGACUCGCUCUUCAGACUAAAAGACAGCACCAAAAAGCUACUUUAUAUAAUUGAAGAGAUACAAUCAAAGAUUCACUCAAGUGAUACAUGUGUGAUCAAGGAAGAUCUUCCAUUGCCUAUUUUAAACCAAACAGUCUCACCAUCGAAAUUAAGCGACGUGGGUGAUACGACUUCCAUCAAGAAGUUAGAAACUGAUACAAAGAACUUGGAUUUACUACACCUUGAGGGUUUAACAAAAUGUCCGCACCUUGAAAAAGUGGACAUGAUCCUGGCAUGUUCACAUGCGGAUAUAUGUAAUGUGUUUGAGGACGACUCGUUCAUCGAGGUGUGCAUUAUGUGGCCUAAUAAAUACGAAACUUUCGGUGAUCAAAUCACGCAGAAUUUAGCAGCUAAAGUAUUAUAUAGACUAGCCAUGAUUGAAGAAGGCAGAAGAUACCUUAAUUUCAAUUCCAAAAUAACAAAUGAUAUUAAAAAAGUUUUAAGAAAGAAAGCAGCACAUUUAGAAAGUGAUACUGUAGAAUUCCUCAACUCGACAUUGAAUUUAUUGAGUCCGUCAAUGGCACCACAUAUCAAUGCUACUUAUUACUGCAAGGCUAACGAAGGCAUGGCGAACAAGAUAUUGAAUUCCCUGGCUCAUUUUAGACAUUAUAUGACAUUAGAAGAAGUUUUUACAAACUUAGAUUUAAUUUUUAAAUUGAGUGAUAACGACAAAGCGAAAAUAGAUUUAAAACCGCAUUUACCUUUCAUAUUUAGCUUAUUUAAACAUUUAUUGAUGGAAUAUGACAACAGCGAUAUGAACGUAAUUGUAGCUAAGAUAAUAAACAGACUUAUGAAGAAACCUACUGAGCAUAUUGUGGAAAAUGUGCCUAUAACUUACAUAGUUAGCGACACAGCGACAGAGCCUAUAAAUAUGAAGCAUGAGGUAAAUCAGAUACCUUCUAAGAAGAAUAUAACAAGGACAAAUAGAUUUGCACCCAAUAACAAAGCUACCAGAAGUCGGCCAGUACCCUCACGCAAUGUUGGUGAUUGGAAAUCAAGCAGACAUAAUAAUAUCAAUAGAUCAAAAAAAGGUUUGAAUUCUAACUUAAAACCCCCAUUUCGUCCAUAAGUCUCCAAUUAAGUUUAAAAAUCCAAAUAAUAGAAGUCAU